CAUCCUCCCACUCCUCCUGGUAGCCGCCGCGCGCUGCUUCACAGUUCACACCAUCAGUCGGGAAUCAAGACACACAUGGCCUGUUGCCUCUCCUGUUUCCAUCCGCAGGCGGCGACUCCAACACAAUGUCUUGUGAAGCCAACCUAUUCUCUAACGGCUAGCUGCUGCUGCUCGCCAAGGCUGGAACCAGAACCUUCGUCUCUUCCUUGGUGCUAUAUCUAAGUUAGCUGAAUGCCACGUCGUGGAAAAAGUAGCAAACCAAGCUAUGGCCGGACGACCGGUAGUCCGUACAUCCACAAGCCGCUUCCUAGCGGUGUUCCAGUACCUAUGUGCUUUUGUGGUGAUCCUUGCAAGGUAGAAAUUUCGGAAGACGAGGAAACCUAUCGGCAGAGGUAUUGGAUGUGUUCGAAUUUUGCCUGGGAGCCUACGCCAAAACAACGCCGCAGUAACUUUAUUACCCCUCCACCAUUGUGUGAUUUUGAGCAAUGGAUCGACACUGAGGUUAAGGAGUCCGACAAGCGGCUUCUACAAGGCCUAAAGGAGUGGGAUGCAGAGCGUGCAGAGAUAUUAGAGAAGAGACGUAGAGAGGAGGCUCAAAAGAGGGAGCACAAGGAAGAGGAGGAAAGAAGACGUGUUGCUGCGGCUCGGGAGGAGAGGGAAAAGAAGCUUGAGCGUGUGCGCCGAGCGAAGGCAGCUAUUGAUGAGAAUCCAGAUGCCCAGAGGAAGGGAAAGUGGCCUCGUUGCACUCAGUAGUUACAUUACCUUUUUGUUCUUUGUUUGGUUCAUGGACAAUAUUGUUUUGUGUUGGACUUUUCAAUUUGUUGUUAUGUAAUGCACUUUAGCAAUUUUAAUUUGGUUUCAUUAUUAGUAGACAAUAUUUUUAUUUGAGUAUUGCAUAGGCAAUGAAAUGAGGAUAAUUAGUUGAAAUAGAAGUU